AUGCCACCUCCAGAUAAGCCAUCUACAAACCUACCAGGGAAGCAACCUGCUGUAGGCAAUGGACAACAGGGAAAUUCAGUACCUAAAGUGAAUGUCACUGCGCCAAUUCCAAUCAAAAGUCUUCACCAACAUCACAAUCAAUUACAGCAACACAUUGAAGGAUUAAUUACUCCUCCUACAAGAGUAGCUUCACUGUUUCAGAUUCGUCAGCAUGCAUUUGACAGUGAAACAACCUUGCGGUCAUUCACCCCAUCUACAAUAAGUAAAGUUACCAAGCUGACAGCAAGAAGACCUUCAUACGGUACAAUUGUUUCCGAUAGAGAACAUUAUUUCAAUUUAGACUACCCCAAUGACCCAGAGUUGUUGCUGAAGUUGCAAUUGGAUCCCAAGUCCCGUUAUUUCGCUCGUUCAAGACCAAGGACUUUAGAUUUACCAAGUUUAUUACCUUAUAAGAUUGAAAAACCAGAAGAGCAAGCCAAAUUUUUGAGUCAUAUUAUAUCCCACCUCUACAUUGCCAUCAAGACUUUAGAUCUUCAGGGUUCGUUGAGCGUUAGUGCUAAAGACUUGGCUGCUUUGAAAAAUGUCUCCGGUAUUUCCGAUGUUGAUUUAGCAUUGGAGACAAAUUUGUUUGAAAUGUCCACUCAUGAUGCUAGUGAGGAGGAAGAUUUUUCAGAAAUGGAUUUGGAGACUUCUGAUAGUGAAGGAGAAGAAGAUGAUGAAGAGGAAGAAGGCGAAGAUGAGGAUAUGGAUGGUGACAGGGAAACAACCAUCCAGCACAAGAAAUCACCCAAGUCUGCUGCUGUAGUUGGUGUUAGAACUUGGACCCAUGAAUUGUUGGUUUGGCUCAAGAUGAAAUACAAUAUGCCUGUCACAAUAAGAAUCAAUCUUGCUAAAGUGUACUAUGCCAUUUGCCUUUCGCGUGGUCAACAUAUAAACCUCAAGACUUAUGUUCGUGUUUUUGAAUUACUAACCAAAGAGCAAUCCCUCUUGUAUAAUCAAGGAUUAAGAUUACCAUGGGAUGGCUUAUGCAAAGAAUUGGAACAUCAUUUCCCCUCAGUUGAUUCUGGAUUAGUUGCAUUUGAAAAGAAAGAUCACAAGCAAUUAUUACGGUUGGCAUCCAGAGCAAGCUAUUUCUUUGAGAAAGACUGUCUACCAGUUAUUUACAAGCGAUUAGCAAGUCAAUUCUCAGUUACUAAUUCAUCAAUGGUUAUGUCAUCUUUGUCUAUCCUUCCAUCAUUUUUUACUAGCCAAGGAAAGGAAAAUGAAAACGAUAUCCGAUAUUACAUCCAGUCUUUGUUUUACAUGUGGUUAAAACUUAAUAGAAUCCAAGGAUUUGAUGCUCAAGUAACUUCAAGAUUAGGUGUAAUUUCCAUGUCGGUAUUGUCCCAUUUGAAUGAUAAUCCUUCAUCUAUGAAUUAUCUUAAGUUGGGAAAAUUUGGUCUUUACACUGAAGAACAAAUGGAGUUUAUAACAAAUACCUUGAUUAACAGUUUAAGUAUCAUGGUUGAGAAAUAUUCAUCUAUGAAAUCAAAGUAUUUCCAUGGAUUUGCUUCAAUGAUUAUAUUUUCAAUGAUUGGAGAUUCAGCUUUGGAAGAUGGUGGAAUUCUUUACUAUUUAAGAACCUUGACCAAUGCAAUUCAAAGUUAUAUUCAUCCUUCCAAUACUGGUGAUUGGACAAGACCAAUUUCAAAAUUAAUCAUUGCACUAGUUUAUCAAUUCCACAAGAGGUAUAAUUCAGAAACUCAACCUGAUGGAUUUUAUUAUAAUAUUCCUCAAGAAGUUAAGCUUUCGUCAAAAGUGGUUAAGGAAUUCGUGGCUAUAUUUUUACCAAUUGUUAAGAUUGGGAUUCAAUCGAAAAAGACAAAUGCAACUGAAGAUUAUCUUUCAACAUUACAACUUUUAGCAUUUUUGGAUCCAGAAGUGGUUCUUGAGAGCACAUUGUUGGAUAUUUAUGAAUCAUUGGAAGGUGUUAUUUCAACCCAUAGAGUGUCGAUUGCUCUUAGAUCAAUUGACACGUUAUCAAGAUUCUUGGUUUCUACUCCAAUCUAUCGUGUACAUGUCACAAGAUUAUUAUCAUUGGCAUUACCAGGUAUUGACUCAAACGAUUUAGAAAAGACUAUUCAAACAUUAGAAGCAUUUGCUGCCAUUGCUAAUUACGCUCCAUAUUAUGAUUUAACCAAAGCUGAAGGUGAUCCCACUUUGGCUAUGGAGUUCACUCAAGACCAUAUUGAAUAUCUCAAGAGGAAAAUGUAUCAAGUUGACGAAGAAGAAUUCCAUGUUGAUCCCGAACUUGAAGUUGCUGCUUUGAAAUCUUCCACUACAGCAUUCAAGGAUUUGUUCAAGAGCUUGACGGAAAGAUUGACGUUAUUGAUUGAGAAUUUACCCGAUCCUAAUAAAUCCAGUGGAUUGGAACACGAUUUGGCUACUUCAUUGCCCAAGUUCUUUUAUAUUUUAUUUGAAGCUAUGUCUGACGAUUUAUUUAUCCAUUUCAAGAAUGAAUUCUUUGACUUUGUGUUUAAUAAUACCUAUCAUACCAUGUCCCAUGUUGUUGGUGAAAUAUGCGGUGGUAUAAUUAAACGAUACCCAAAAUGUUUUAAGAAAACUGCCAGGUUAUUAAUUGAGAAGAUCCAUCAGGAGAUCGAAGAAAAUGGUGCUGGUGGAACUGCAAGAGGUGACGGAGCUGCUAGUGACAUCGUUCCUCGUGAUCAACCGUUGUAUUGGACAUUAUCUAUCUUGAAUGAAUGUAUUGGGAAUGCUGGGGAGAAGAUUGUUGAUAUGUCAACUGAGUUAACUGAUUUAUCAUACUACUUGAUGGAAAAUAUCAAAGGACCUAUUGUAUUCACCAGUGCUUAUCUUGUUAAUCAAAUUCUUCAAUCAGUUUCCAAGAUUAGGAUUACAGAGUGUCGAUUGAUUUCACCACAGUAUGAAGAGAAAUUUGGUGUUGAUGAGAAAUGUUGGGGAGGCUUUUGGAAUGAUUCUCGUAGAUUCAACAAGGAGAAUACUACAUUUGAUUGGUUUAUUCCUACUGAACGAGAAAUUGUAUUUGCAGUUGAAUUUUUUAAUGGACACGUUACUAAAACUUUGGAAAAUAUUACAAGCUUAAUCAAGCAAUUCAAUAAGGACGAUGUGAAAUUAUCUAUGAAAUUAACUGACGAUUUAAGAAAAAAUUUGCUAUAUUUGGCUUACUUAUUGAGUGGGGUAUCAUACUUAUUAGAUCCUUCAUUUGAAGAAGAUAUUCCAAAAUUAAGUGCUGACAAAGAAUCGAUUCAACAACACCAUCAACCCGAUCAUCAUGAUCUUGAUCACGAUAAAGAAAUGGACGACGGUCGUACUUCGAAACCGUCAACCCCUGACCAUUUAGCAUUUAGAUUCUCGAGUCAUUUGAAUGAACUUAGUCGACCACAAUCCACCGCACCCACUUAUGAAGGUUCAGGAAGGGAUACUCCACAGAUUGAUGGAAUCAACAUGUCUAGUGUGAACCCAGCUAUCACAUUCAGAGAAAGAAGUUUAUAUACAUCGAAUUAUUUCUUUGGAAAUGAUACCGAAAAUCGUCAACAUCGUGAUUUAUAUUUGAAGAUUCACAAAACUAGACAUUUAAUUGGAAGAAGUUUACAUAUAAUUUAUAAAUUCUUGGUGGAAAACUUUAGAGAUAACACGAAAGCAUUUAAGAACUUUUUAUAUGUGGUCAAUAUGUGGUUUAGUGAUGUUGGUAGAGAAAGAAUUCUUGACUCUAGUCACGCCAGAAUCAGUUAUGGUUACGUCAGCUAUAUUCAAACUAUAAACCGAAUUAGAAAACCAUUUACGAGAAUGGCGAUUGGGGCAAGAUUGGAAGCAUAUCAUCUGUUUAGAGUGGCAUUGCAUGCAACUUCCAGAACGGAAACUAAUUUGGAUAAGAUAUUAUUGGAAGAUGUUGUUAAACUUUCUGUGUCCACCUAUUCAAACAUUGCCAGAAAUGCCCAGGGAAUUUUGAUUGAUGGAAUGAAACGGUUGAAUGGUUCCUAUACUUUGAUUAUUAGAUCUGCAUUCAAAUAUCUUACAAAGGCAUUAGAUGCAAAUGAUCAUAAGAAGAUUGAAAGUGGAUUGAGUAUAUUCGCAAUCAGAAAGAUUAAGUCAAAGUUACAGAGCGAUUUUUUUAAUAUUUACAAGUAUAUUGACUUGCUUCAUCGAUGUUUGCAAAUUGACAAUGCCGAGGUUCAUUCGUUAGCGGAGCAAUUAUUUUCAGGAACAAGUAAAGGAAUCACACCACCGAGUCGUCCAUGUCUUAUUGACCAUGAGGCAAUUGAUACGAUUAGACCACCUGAUCAAUUUAUAGAUUUGGAAAUCAGGGCAGUUAAAUUGGCCAAGGAAAAGAAGAGAAAGGUUUAUUUUGAUAAAUUGUCUAAGCUACAAGAUAAGGUGUUAUCAGAUGAAAGUAACAACAGUCAUUGGAAAACAACUCUAAUGAAUCUUGAGUUGUUGGUUAAUAUCCAAUCGUAUUUAGAAGUUGCUACUAGAUCAGAUGUGCUUCAAUUGCUACAAAAGGAAGCAUCAACCGAACAUCCAACCAUUUCUCGUUUUGCUUUGAAAGGUAUAACUAGAAUUAUCAAUAAGCUUGCUGUCUUGCAUGGAUUUGAGUAUGAUUUUGAAAAGGCAUAUGAUUUGAAUUAUAUUCCCAAGAAUUUAAAGGUUAUUGAUACCAGACCAAAGAAUGAUGUCUCAUACACCAGUGUAUGGAGAGAAGAAAUGAAGAACUCGUCGAAUCCAACUUACUAUGUCGAUUACAAAGCCAGUGUUGGUUGGCUCUUUUGGAAUGAUUCAAUGUUGGCAAUGUCGAAUGAGCCAUUUUUUAAGUUGGAUUUAAAUCCCGAGGAUUUACAAGCCAUGAUGGGAUUUUCGAUAUCGUUGACUAAGAAUUGGUUUUUGAGAAUAGUUAAGUUAUGGGUCACUGAUAAUGAUGCCAAUUCUGCAUUCCAAGGUACUGACGUGUUUAUCACUGCUGCUUUGGUUCUUUUGAUUUCAAACGGAUACACUGAGAAUUUCACAUUUGAUGAGAUGUUGAGUGUUGUUGACGAAGUUUAUGUACCUGAUGAUAAGUCGGCUCAUAUUGUCACUUGUGAAUUAUUGGCUGGAAUUUUAAUUGGAUCUAAGUUUAUGGAUCCCAAGUAUGCUACCAAGAGAGAUGAUUUCAUUUCGAGUUACUUGAAACGAAUUCUUAAUCAUGAUUUGUCACCCGAUACUCUGGGAAUCUGGAAUAUCUUCUCGUGGUGGAUCCCAGCCCAUAUUGAUUGUCGAAGAUUCCCUAAAGUGAUUAACGAGAUCUUUGAGUUUAAACUUGAUCCUAAUAGCGAUUCGGCAUUUAGAGAAGCCACCAGAAUAAGUUAUAUUAGGUCUAUUGCUUCAUCGGUUUCUUGGUGUAUCCCUGACCCCGAUAAGCUUUUGGAAUUGUGUAUUAUGAACAUUAAUCAUAGAUAUGCUGCUGUUAGAUCACAAAUUGGUUCACUUAUGGCAGUUUUGUCGUUCCCUUAUUAUGCCGAAUGUCUCGAAAGCAGUGAUGAUUUCUUGACUAGUGCUAACACUCAAUCGAAGUUGAUGUUGUAUCAAGAUCAAGAUGUUGGUAGCUUGAUGAAUUUGGUUCCUAAUCUAUUUAGACAGAUUGAAUCGUGGAGGUUGGAAGUUCAUCAAUUGACUCCACAAGAGAUCUUGAAGUCAAAUUACAUUUAUACUGCUACUACCGUUUUGACUUGGUUACGACAAGUGUUGAGUACCAGUGCUGCCAUUUUGUUUGAACGCCAUGUUACGACUGAGUUAGUUCCAUUUUUAUUAGAAUUGAUUAAUAUGAGAGAAGUUUGUCAAUUGGGGAACAUUGAUCCUAUUACUGUGUUAAAGAAAGUGUCACAAAUCCCGUAUACAGUAAAGUGCUUGGAUAGUAUUAUUGACAUGUUGGAGAGUUAUUCUGACCGUGAUUUGAAUCUCGUGCAAAAGUUAGUCAUGGGUGAGUUUACUGAAACAGUGUUCUUUAAGAACUUGUUCAAUUUGUCCAAACUACAACGAGAAAGGUUUAUUGUGUUGACUGAUAAGAUGUUGCAUCAUAAACAAGUGGAAAUUCGAGAAGCGGCUGCUAAUACCUUGUCGGGUUUAAUCCACAUUUCACCUCCAGGGGAGGUUGAACAGUUGGUAGUUACCCGAAGCCAAGCCUAUUCUAGUGAAUUAGACAAGAUCAGAAAGAAGUACAGAAAGAGUGGGUAUAAGAAUAUGAACCAGGUAGAUGUUAUUGAUCUUCAUGGAGCUACAUUAGGGUUGGGCGCAUUAGUGCAUGCGUUUGCAUUUUCUUCUCCUCCUCCUAAAUGGGUUCCUGGGAUUUUGACGACCUUGGCGAAUAAGUGUACUGGUAUUCCUGGAUUAGUUGGGAAGACGGCUAAAGAGACGUUGAGUAAGUUUAAAAAGACCAGACAAGAUACUUGGCAUAUCGACAGUAUUGUUUUCAAUGAAGACCAAAUCCAAGAUCUUGAAGGAGUUCUUUGGAAAAGUUAUUUUAUUUAAGAGAGUUACACAUAGACAUUUAUAUUGUUUAAUAUUUUCGUAUAAUUAAUACAGAUUAUGCAUAUUUCUUUGUAACAGGUAACAUAAUAUUAGUUUCUAAUUAUACAAUAAUAAUAUAUAGCACAAGAAAGGAAAUCCACGACAUCACGUUAAGUUGCUAACUUCAAAUAAAAAGUCAGAGAAUCCAAUGGUGGCGGUUCCAGAAAGGUCCUUGUCGUAUUUCUUGAACACAUCGGUUAAUUUUCUCAAAUAAACCAACAAUUCAAUAAACGAAUCAAAUUUUAAUCUUCCUAUACCCCUUCCUUCGCCACUACCACCGCUGGAUCGGCCUGUGUUUGUACAAUAUCUCAGGAAUAAAUGCAACACCAAGUCAAUGUCUAAUUUAUACCCAAUCUGUUCAAGAAUCUUUUGGAAUUCUCCAAACGAUAUAUCGCCCGAUUGAUCGGCAUCAGCUUGUACAAACAACUUUUUAUAGGCCGACAAAUACUUCCACAAUGAUACAAAUUGAUCAAAUGUGAGUGAGGUGUUGGUGUAUUCUCCCUUGACACCUCCAAACAAAUUCAUCAUUAAUCUGAGGGUCGAGUCUUGAAACUUUGUUCUGUCAAAGUUUAACAAAGCAUAGGACAAUUCCGUCUGGGUAAUUCUUCCCGAACGGUUAGUAUCUACUUUUUCAAACACACUUCUUAAUUCCAUUUCCAACUUCUGUUUAGCGGAUAUACUCUUGGUGCUUUCCGGUAAUGAUUCCUUGGACUUGUUGUGUGUUCGCAACGAGGGAGGAGGGGCCUUCUUUUGUACUCUGUUUGAAUAGUCAUUGCCAUCUUGGUACUGUGCUUGCAUGUGUGACUGUUGUGGCGGGGUGCCAUAGGUAUGGGAAGGUGGAGGAGGGCGCAGCAGCAGCAGCAGCAGCAACAGCAGUUGCAUCUGAGAGUGUUGCUGGUGUGGCAGGUGUUGCUGUUGAUACGAGACCUUCUGCGGAGGUUGCUGGUACCCUUGAUUCAGGUACAGUUGUUGUGGCAUUGGUUGAGGUUGUGGGGGCGGUGGCGCCUGUUGAUACACUUGUUGUGGCGGGUACUGCUGUGGUUGCUGUUGUUGUCUGUAGUAAUCAGAAGGGGCAGGGGCACCAUAGCCUUGGCUCUGUUGUGGACGGAACUGAGGGGGUGGGGCCUGUUGAUAGUGUUGCUGUUGCGGGUUGGAUGGCAUUCUGUUUGCGGGUGGUGGUCUAAAGGAGGGUUGGGGUUGAGUCUUUCGGCCUUGAUUCAGAUGAGAAUGUGCAUACGAAGCUUGUCCAGGAGUGGGAAACAGCGGCAAGUCGUUCAUAUUUCUUCUUUGAAUUUAUUGGGGGGGACACAGGGGAAUGUGUGGUCUAAUUAUACUAGGGCUUGUCCAAAAAUAAAUAAUAUGUUAAAAAUCGUGCCCUUUAAACUUUAUUACCAGAUACGGGAACCUAAACUGAAAGUGGGUGAUUUUAGGUAAAUGCAGGGGCAGAAACGAUCUGAUUUUUGUUCUAGUGUGUGAUUCUUAAGUAUGUCGUGGCUGUGAAAAAACUGACUGAUGGUGACAACGGCGAGUAUUAUUUCAAGUUGACUGUGAAACCGGGGCGGUAACUAUAGCCU